AAAUCCACACAGCCUUCCUCUCCUAUCCAUCAUUCAUUGUACCAGCCACUUUCAUCACUACUAUAACACCUAUCAUCUAAAAGCACUAAGUGAUCUUUGCACUUUGAUUAGAGAACACUGUUAAUCAUUCAGCCCAGGUAGCACAGUAGAAAGGAAAACGCCUCAGUCCAGGCAGCACACAGCAGUGUAUUCCCCAUCCCAUUACCCCACUGUUACAGUGAGACAACAUGGCUGAGAAAGACCCAGAGGGGAUUAUAGCUACAGACCCCAGCAACAAUGAUGAUAGAAAAUGCCUUAUUAUCCGGAAGCUUCUGAAGUUCAACCCUAAAGAAGUGUUUACGUGGCAGCUGGUGAAGACAGUUGCUAUGGGUCAGGGUUUGGCUGCUCUCAUCUGCGGCACAGCAGUAACAUCCCAGUACCUGGCUUCAGACUACCUCGUGGACGCGCCCAUGCUUCAGAGCUUUAUGAGCUACACACUGCUCUGCCUCACCUACACCACCGCUCUGCUGUUCAGAACAGGGGAUGAAAAUAUGUUUCCAAUUUUAAAGAAGAGGUGGUGGAAGUAUCUCCUACUAGGCUUGGUGGACGUCGAGGCUAACUACACUGUGGUUAAGGCUUACCAGUACACCACACUCACCAGUAUACAGCUGCUGGACUGUUUUGUGAUCCCUGUGUUGAUGAUACUCUCCUGCUGGUUCCUGAAGACGUGCUACAGACCUGUGCACUACGUCUCUGUGUGUGUCUGUCUGCUGGGGGUGGGGGCCAUGGUGGGAGCUGACCUACUGGCUGGACGAGACCUGGGAUCCACCUCAGACAUUCUGCUAGGUGAUGGCUUGGUCCUGCUCAGUGCCAGUCUAUAUGCUGUGUCUAACGUGUGUCAGGAGUACACCGUCAAACACCUCAGCAGAGUGGAGUUCCUAGGCAUGGUCGGCCUGUUUGGCACACUCAUCAGUGGCAUACAACUGGGCGUUCUGGAGCAUAACAGUGUGGCAAACAUCCAAUGGGACUGGAGAAUCGGCCUGCUGUUUGCUGGCUAUGCCCUGUGUAUGUACACCCUGUACAGCUGUAUGCCCAUAGUGGUCAAGAAGACCAGUGCUACAGCAGUCAACCUCUCCCUGCUCACUGCAGACCUCCUCAGCCUCUUCUGUGGCCUGUUUCUCUUUCAAUACACGUUCUCAGGUUUGUACAUGGUGUCUCUGGUGAUCAUCCUAGUGGGCUUCGUCGCAUUCAACACCGUGGCAACGACCCCUGACCCUGCAGACCCCAUCGCCCCCUCCGUGGACUGGGAGGAGGGCGGCUACGACAACCCUGAUGACAUCAUCGAAGAAGUGGUGGUGGCGGUUUUGGAAGAGGAAGAGGGUGAACACACAGGGGUGUCAUGGAAUCAGAGAACACAGAAUAAGGAAGUACCGGCAGAGGGACGGAGUACCAAGAUGUGAUCUGAUCUACUAGACGAGCACUUCCCAACUGUCUAUAACUGUUAAACUCCUUGUCUCCUUUCUUUAAUUUGUGCCAUUCUAAUACAUCUACAGAUUGACAGGUGUAUAUAUGUACAGUAUAGGUGUGUUGUAAUAUUUGUCCACUAGUUGACUUGGCAGGAAGAAUAAUAAAUGUUUUAUUCCACAUUCA